CCUGUAGUUUUCUGUAGUGCCAUGGACGGACGUUUAGAGACUGAUUUGUAUCCUCUGGGAUCCAGUUACGUCACUGACAGUGUCCAUGAUAUUACAGUUGGCACAAAGAGGGGAUCUGACGAACUCUUUUCCUCCUGCAUAUCAAACGGACCAUAUAUCAUGAGCUCUGGAGCAGCAAAUGGUAAUGACAGCAAGAAAUUUAAAGGGGACAUCAGGAGCCCAGGCAUUCCAUCACGCGUCGUACACGUGCGUAAACUCCCAAACGACAUAAACGAAGCGGAGGUCAUCUCUCUGGGUUUGCCCUUCGGAAAAGUGACCAAUCUUUUGAUGCUUAAAGGAAAGAACCAGGCCUUCCUCGAGAUGAACACAGAAGAGUCUGCUCAGACCAUGGUCAGUUACUACUCCUCUGUUACUCCGGUCAUCCGCAACCACCCAAUCUUCAUACAGUACUCCAAUCACAAGGAACUGAAGACGGACAAUUCUCCCAACCAAGUGAGGGCCCAGGCAGCGCUGCAGGCGGUGAAUGCAGUCCAGACCGGCAGCAUGUCUAUGGGGAGUGUGGAUGGGUCAGGCAUGGGCGGCCAGAGCCCUGUGCUCAGAGUGAUUGUUGAGAACCUCUUCUAUCCUGUUACUCUGGAUGUCCUUCAUCAGAUCUUCUCUAAAUUUGGCACGGUGCUGAAGAUCAUAACGUUUACCAAAAAUAACCAGUUCCAAGCCCUGGUCCAGUACUCAGAUGGAAUGACUGCUCAGCACGCUAAGCUGUCUUUAGAUGGACAAAACAUCUAUAAUGCUUGCUGCACCCUGCGCAUCAGUUUCUCCAAACUCACUAGUCUGAACGUUAAAUACAACAACGAUAAGAGUCGGGACUACACGCGUCCGGACCUGCCCACCGGAGACAGCCAGCCUUCCAUCGACCCCCAGACCAUGGCAGCAGCUUUCACCGCUCCCGGUAUUAUCUCUGCCGCUCCGUACGCCAGCGCUCAUGGCUUCCCCCCGACUUUUGCCAUCCAGCAAGCAGCAGGUCUUUCCAUCCCCGGUGUGCCAAGUGCCCUGGCCUCGCUGGGCGUGCCCGGGGCUGCCGCUGCCGCCGCCGCCGCCGCUGCAGCCGGGCGACUGGGUCUGUCCAGCCUCAGCGCUGGAGGUCACAGCGUCCUCCUGGUCAGCAACCUGAACCCUGAGAGCGUUACGCCCCAAUGCCUCUUUAUUCUUUUCGGUGUUUAUGGUGAUGUAAUGAGGGUGAAGAUCCUGUUCAAUAAGAAGGAGAAUGCCUUGGUGCAGAUGGCAGACGGAACCCAAGCUCAGCUAGCCAUGAGCCACCUGAACGGACAGAAGCUGCACGGCAAGUCGAUCCGUGUGACUCUGUCCAAACACACCACUGUUCAGCUCCCACGCGAGGGCCACGAGGACCAAGGGCUCACCAAGGACUACAGCAACUCACCCCUUCACCGUUUCAAAAAACCCGGCUCGAAGAACUACUCCAACAUCUUCCCUCCCUCAGCCACACUCCAUCUCUCCAACAUCCCACCUUCUGUUACUGAAGACGACCUCAGGGGACUGUUUCUCAGUUCGGGUGCCACAGUCAAAGCUUUCAAGUUUUUCCAGAAAGACCGCAAAAUGGCCCUCAUUCAGAUGGGGUCGGUGGAGGAAGCCAUCGAGUCGCUUAUCGAAUUCCACAAUCACGAUCUGGGAGAGAACCAUCACCUGAGAGUGUCCUUCUCCAAGUCCACCAUCUGAAGGAGUGCGACAUGGGGGUGGUGACAUCACACAGGAGAGGGGCAAGGACUGACACUUAAGACCAAACUUUAAAAAAACAAAAAAAAAAGCCUUCCACAAUUUAUCACUGUGGACAAAUAUUUUCCACAAG